AUCCCCGUAUAUUAACUCGAGGAAAACAUGGCUGCCGGUCAGCAGCAGCAAAGUCCACUCGGGGUCAUUUUUCAAACUAUCAAGCAAGCCCAGGAAGAGGAUGGAGCUAAGAAUGAACUGGAGGCUCACCAGAGAUACCUCUCAGCGGUGCAGUACAUAUCAGUGCUCCUGCAGCAGCAGAUACAGAUACAGAAUUCUUCUUCUCUUUCUCCUCAGAAAACCUUACAACUAUUCACAAUGGCAAAGCAUUGUCUCGAACAAGCAGAGGCACUGUACAAUACAUCAGUCAAGGAGAACAGACGAUUAAAAGGGAAGCCACCUCUUCUCAGCUCUGUGUCAUUGCCCUCUGUUCCAGUUCCAUCCCCUACUCUACCAGGAAGGGAGUCUCCAGUUGCUAGUGGAUGUGGUAGAGGUACAGGAAGAGGAAGGGGAGGGGGAGGACCACUUCGAUCAAACUCAUUUGGACUCAAUACGGGCCCCAGUGGUACACAUCCUAAUGCACCAAGAUCAUCAAGUGUGGGACAAAAAAAACCUCCAACUGUUAAGGCAUUGCAUACGAUAUCUCCUAUGGAAGCUGCCAGAAGAGAAAACAUGCAUUUGAUGGUCCAGUAUCAAACUGCACUUAGGAAUAAUCCUAACAUGAGCAUAAGAGGAAGCCAGAAUCUGAGUUUGAAUUACCUCAGGAGGUUAGAGGAAAACUUGAGUCUAGCAAGGCAGACAGAGAAAUCUAUGGCAAAUAAAUUGAGACAGAGAGAAAUUCGUCUUCAAGAAGAGGCUCAAAAACUAAAAGUGAGAUCAAUUGAUUCAUUGACUGCAGAACAACUACGAGAAGAAGUGAUUCAGUUUGAAAAUGGAAAAGCUAAAUUUAAUGGAUUGAAACAAGCUCUUUCAUCUGAUAAUUGUGACAAUACGACCAAUUUAGUUGUGAAUUUAAUUCAUGAAGUUUUAAAUACAACAGAUCACCCUCUCCGUAGGCUAUUUGGCGAGUCUCAGUACAACAUCAUCCAAAUACUGCAGCCAGUUGUGAGGGAGAUUGAGAGAUCCGGUUGCACUGACUUACCUAAAUUAAACAUAACUCAAAUUCAAAAAGAUUGUACAGAUCCUUCUCCGUCUUCUUCGCUGCAUGAGCAAAGAGAGUCACCUAAAGUCCAUAGCAGACCUCACUCAGUUUCUGCUCCAGAGGACAUUAAAUUGGCUCAAGUCAGAACCCAGGCUCCCGGACAUUUUGAAAACACAUCCCCAGUGAUGUCACCUUCCUCCACUGGAAGCAGCAGUAAUGCAGAGGAGAUUGAGGAAAGAGUUGAAGAUGAGGACUUAAAAACUAUGCCUGACUUCAAAACAAUAAGGCAAGAUGAUGAUGAUGAUGAUGAUGAUGAUGAGUUUGAGACGUUGAAAGCAAAUCAAGAUGAAGAAGGACUCAGUACAAUGAAGUCAGAGAGAGGAAGAGAUGAGGAGACAGAGGAGGAGGAUGAAGUGAUAUUUCCAUCAUUGUUACCAUUAUCCUGUACUCCAUUAUUCGGUGACAAAGACAAGAUAGAGUCCCUUGCUUUAAAGUUUGAGGGACUCCUUGAAGAAACUGUCAAACUAAUUCACAGUGCUUUGAAGAAGAUCAUAACUUCAUUUGUAUCUAUAUACACUUCAUUAAGCAGUAGGGAUAAUUACGAUAUAUGCAAAACUGCAAUCGAGUCGCUUUUCUUUCCAGCUAUACUCCCAAUGCUCACUUCACUAUACAGGUGUUCUAAAUAUGCCAAAGAGUGUUCAGUUGCUGUUAAUAUGAUGAAGCAUGUCAACUCAACUCCUAAAGACAUAGCAGUGAGGAAGAAGUACUGGCUUAAUGACCAGGCCAUGCCUCCUUAUUUGGCGGCAAUUGAGCAGCUAAAGUCGUUGCCACGGUUACAGUGCCCCUCCCUCAAGUUGGAUUGUCUAGUGACUCUCUCUAAAGUCAUCGUUCAAACUAUUGAUGAUUAUUAUUUCACCGGACACUUUUCUUUCUCUUCCUCUUCUUCCUCUUGCUCAGAAAAAGAGAUAAACAAGGAAGACAUUUCUGUAGGUGUAGAUGACCUAUUGCCCAUAAUGACUUACAUCAUCAUUCGCUCUGGUAUGCCUCAGUUAGUCUCAGAAUCUGCCAUGCUACAAGAAUUUGUUGAUGAAAAUUAUUUAAUGGGUGAGGAAGGAUUUUGUCUUACAACCUUUGAUACAGCACUCAGAUAUGUUGAGGUUAUGUCAAGCAGUUAGUGGUGUCUCAUUCUCCUCUUCUUCAUUCGUUUUCUCUUUGUACUUUUACAUUUUCACUUUUUACAAAUUUAAGUUUGAACAUUUUUUGCCUAAAAUUCAAACUUUUCAAGUAGGCAUCAGCAACAAUGACAUUAUCUAAUUAGAGAAUUGAAAUUGGUAAUUUUAA